AUGAUUGCAUCCCUGAAGAGGUGCCUACUUGGCAGCCAAGUCGCUGCCAAGUGGCCCCACCCGGUCGCAGGAGCUACCACCAACGACACCCCAAGCCAUCAAUUCAACGAAGGACCCACCAACCGACAACGCAACUUUUGCUGCCAAGUGGGCAUGAUCGCUUUUCAAUCGAUCAUGGCUGACCGUCAUCACCUCGGUCAGCCCCAGGAAAAUAAAUCAUCGCCGGGACCCACCGCCGACGACGCUUUUGCUGCCAAGUGGGCACCACCGCUUUUCAAACGAUCAUGGCUGACCGUCAUCACCUCGGUCAGCCCCAGCAAAACGAAUCAUCGCCGGGACCCACCGCCAACGACGCCCCAGGAAAACAAACCAUCUCCGGGACCCACCGCCGACGACGUGGGCAUGAUCGCUUUUCAAACGAUCAUGGCUGACCGUCAUCACCUCGGUCAGCCCCAGCAAAACGAUUCAUCGCCGGGACCCACCGCCAACGACGCUUUUGCUGCCAAGUGGGCACCACAUCUUUUCAAUCGAUCAUGGCUGACCGUCAUCACCUCGGUCAGCCCCAGCAAAACGAAUCAUCGCCGGGACCCACCGCCAACGACGCCCCAGGAAAACAAACCAUCGCCGGGACCCACCGCCGACGACGUGGGCAUGAUCGCUUUUCAAACGAUCAUGGCUGACCGUCAUCACCUCGGUCAGCCCCAGGAAAACAAAUCAUCGCCGGGACCCACCGCCGACGACGCCCCAGAAAAAGGAUUCAUCGCCGGGACCCACCGCAGACGACGGGCUGACCGUCAUCACUUCGGUCAGCCCCAGAAAAACGAAUUAGCACUGGGACCCACCGCCGACGACGCGCCGGGACCCACCGACGACGACGGUGAGUCCCCCUUCCGCUUCUCUUCUGCCCACUUGGCAGCAACUUUUGCUGCCAAGUGGGCACCACCGCUUUUCAAACGAUCAGGGCUGACCGUCAUCACUUCGGUCAGCGCCAGAGAAUCGAUUCAUCGCCGGGACCCACCGCCGACGACGGUGAGUCCCCCUUCCCCCUCCUCAUCUUCCCAGGCACAGGACCGGUUUUUGAUCGUUCUGCCUGAUUUGCUUUGGUCAGCCCCACCCCCCAAACGAUUCCACGUGGGACCCACAGACAGAGGACUGUGA